GGGGCGGGGGGCAUUGUCUUCAAAGGAGGCGGGGCGACGACUCGACUCCUGGUCGACUACGUCGAGCCGGCCCGCACCCAAAUCCUUGAUUACCUCUUUGUCCCCAACUUUGGCGCCUCCCUACAGCUCCUCAAGGUGGAAAUUGGUGGUGAUUCGCAGUCUACGGACGGUACCGAGUCCAGCCACAUGCACUCGCCUGAUGAUCUCGACUAUCAGCGCGGCUACGAAUGGUGGCUCAUCCAGGAAGCCAAGAAACGCAACCCCGACAUCAAGAUCUAUGGCCUGCCUUGGGCUUUUCCUGGCUGGGUUGGCGAGGGCUCCGGCUCACCCUUUCAAUACCCCAAUCUGACUGCCAACUACAUUACCAAGUGGGUUGAUGGUGCCAAGUACACGUACGGCUUUGAUGUCGACUACAUUGGUGUCUGGAACGAGCGCAGCUCAGACUCCACCUACGUUCAAACCCUGCGCAAAUUUCUCGACGAGGCCGGCUACAACAACACCAAGAUUGUCGCUCGCGACGGUGGCGCUGACAUUUGUGAUGACCUCGCCAAGGAUCCUGACUACAACGCGGCCGUCGACAUUAUCGGUCUCCAUUACCCCUCUGAUUACUCAAACUACUCCACCUGCUACAACCUGAGCAAGCCCAUCUGGGCCUCGGAGGAGUCCAGCUCCUAUGACGAUCUGAACGGCGCUGCUUGCUGGGGUCGUAUCAUCACCUCUCACUGGGCCCUGUCCAAGAUGACCGCGAGCAUCAUGUGGAAUCUCGUUGGCUCCUACCUGCACGGUACCAACUGGUAUGCCUCCUCGAUGAUGACGGCCGUGGAGCCCUGGUCGGGUCACUAUGAAGUCAACCCCGUCAUCUGGGCCACCGCCCAUGUAACGCAGUUCACCAAGGCAAGCUCGCUCUUGGACCCAGCAACCCAGCAACCCACUUUUCACAAGGAACUGACGCUUCCUCCUGCCCCACAGAUUGGCUGGAUGUACCUUGAAGAUGGCUCUGGCUCGGGCCAGCUGCCUCAAGGUGGCUUUUAUGUUACCCUGGUGGACCCAGAGAGCAACGAUUUCACGAUUAACGUUGUCAAGAUUGAUGAGGACCACGCUCCUUGCACUCGCCCCUCCCUGCCCUCGUUCAACGUGUCCGAGGAGACAGUCACGUUUCAGCUGGCCGCCAACAUGAACGCCCCUGAAACCCUCGCCGUGUGGUACUCCAACUUUGAAAACUACACAGAUGAUGCUCCGAUUUUUGAGCGCCAGGCCGACGUGGCGGUAGGAUCGGAUGGCACCUUCCAGCUGCAUGUGCCCAUUGGAGCCAUGUACACCAUCUCAACCAUCAAGAACGGCCCGCAAAAGGGCUCCCAUGGCACACCACCGGCCUCGCAGCCCGCCAUGCCCCUCCCCAUCAAGGACUCUUUCAAUGCUUACCCCGAGUCCCAGGAGGCACGUUGGUGGUCAGAUCAAAUCGGCGCCUUUGAAGUGCACCCGGCAACCGACACCAAGCACACCUCCUCCAUCAUGCGCCAAAUGGUGCCGGAGCUCCCCAUUGGCUGGUCGGAUCAUGGCAGCAAUGGCCCCUCCUGGGCCAACGGCAUUGCCUUUUGCAUCUACACCUCUGGCAACUACACUCUCUCCAUUGGUGGGCCCCAACAAGCUACGGGCUAUCCGGACAACGUCGUUGCGUCAGGCACCGUGCCCGGUGGUGUCAGUGCCGAGACCUGGUACACCAUUGCCCUGGAAACCGUCGACACCAAGGCCAGUGCCUGGGUCAACAACAACUCGGUGUUCUCCGGUGUCACCGUCCGAAACAUCGAUACCGGAUUUGCCGGGUUUGGCUCCAAUCUUUGGAAGGCAGUUGAGUUUGAUGACGUUCUCGUG